GGGAGGACUCUUUGUUCCGGGUCGCGUUUGCAACCCGGACCUUGAAGCAGGGGCCGGAAGUAGCCGGGCUGUUCGCUCCUGAAUGAGAUUCCGGGUGGACUCGGGUUUAGUACCGCUCCGGCGGCCUAUGCUGCUUUCUGGCAAACCCUGUGAAGCACUGUUGGUAUUAAAAUGAAGUUCCCUGCUCAAAGACUGUACUCAUUGUCACGAACAAUUCAUCACCUGAAUACACCAUGCAUUCAUUCUCGCAAGCUACACUGGAAUUCUGCAGCUCGGCCAUACUCCACUUUCAAGAGGUUUUCACUGAGGGCAGCCAAGCCACUUCCUUUGAAAGUUGAAUACUAUCCCUAUAGAAGUUUCAUUCUAGCUAGAUUGGCAACCCGACUGUUAAAGAUUCGCUAUCUUGUACUGGGAUCAGCAGUAGGUGGUGGUUAUACAGCAAAAAAGACAUAUGACCAAUGGAAAGAAAUGAUGCCAGAUCUAACAGCGUACAAAUGGAUAAUUCCAGAUUUUAUCUGGGACCUCGAUGAACAUAUAAACUUUGAAAAAUUUAAAGAAAUAUUCUCUGAUGUGGAACUUGCUAAGUUACUACCUGAUUUUGAUAAGGUUGGAGAAAGCCUGAAUCAGCUGAAAAGUCUGCUAUCUCCAGGUGAAAGUUUAUGUAAUGAAGUCAAAGGAGUCUAUGAUCUGCUUCUGUUGUUAGAUUCUGCUGAAGGUUCUACUACUAUGAAAGCAUCAGACACUCAAGGGUUUGACAGCAAUGGGAAACAGUAUAAGAAGGGUGUGCUUGGGGAGCUCAUUCUAAUCCAGCAGCAAAUCCAGGAGCAUGAAGAAGCAGCGCGCAGGGUCGCCGAACAGUUAAGCUCUGGCUCCUCUCAACAGAAACGAAAGGUUUCGGACAAGGACAAAGCUGAACAGUUGCAAGAAGAACUUCUCCGCACACAGUUGAAAUAUCAACGAAUUCUUGAACGUCUAGAGAAAGAAAACAAAGAACUGCGAAAACAGGCUCUCCAGAAAGAUGACAAAGGCAUUCACCUAAGGAAGAUGAAGAAGUCUCUGAUUGACUUGUAUUCCGAAGUAUUGGACAUUCUGUCAGACUAUGAUUCCAACUAUAACACCCAGGACCAUCUCCCAAGGGUAGUUGUAGUUGGAGACCAAAGUGCUGGAAAGACCAGUGUUCUGGAAAUGAUUGCUCAAGCUAGGAUAUUUCCUCGAGGAUCUGGUGAAAUGAUGACUCGUGCACCCGUUAAGGUAACAUUGAGUGAAGGACCUCAUCAUGUGGCAGUGUUUAAAGACAGCUCACGAGAAUUUGACCUGACCAAAGAUGAGGAUCUAGCAGCAUUGCGCAAUGAAAUUGAAAUAAGAAUGAGAAAUAGUUUAAAGGAAGGGCAAACUGUCAGUCCUGAGACCAUCUCAUUAAGUGUGAAGGGUCCCGGUCUGCAACGAAUGGUACUAGUUGAUCUUCCUGGCGUUAUUAGUACUGUGACAUCGGGAAUGGCUGCUGACACCAAGGAUACAAUUUUUAGCAUAAGCAAGGCUUACAUGCAGAAUCCAAAUGCUAUUAUCCUUUGCAUCCAAGAUGGUUCUGUAGAUGCUGAACGCAGCAUUGUCACUGACCUGGUUAGCCAAAUGGACCCACAAGGCAGAAGAACUAUUUUUGUGUUGACUAAAGUGGAUCUAGCAGAGAAAAACCUGGCUAGUCCCAGUAGGAUUCAGCAGAUUGUGGAAGGCAAGUUGUUCCCAAUGAAGGCUCUGGGUUACUUUGCAGUAGUUACUGGCAGAGGGAACACCAAUGAAGGUAUUGACUCCAUAAAGGACUAUGAAGGAGAUUUCUUUCAGAAUUCAAAAUUAUUGAAGACGGGGAUGCUAAAAGCACAUCAAGUGACGACUAAGAACCUGAGCUUAGCAGUAUCUGACUGUUUCUGGAAAAUGGUGCGUGAGUCCGUGGAACAGCAGGCUGAUGCAUUUAAAGCUACUCGAUUUAACCUUGAAACUGAAUGGAAGAACAACUAUCCUCGGCUGAGGGAACUAGACAGGAAUGAACUGUAUGAAAAAGCGAAGAAUGAGAUUCUGGAUGAAGUGAUCAGCUUAAGUCAGGUUACUCCGAAACACUGGGAAGAGAUUCUACAACGGAAGCUAUGGGAAAGAGUCUCGACACAUGUACUAGAGAACAUUUACCUUCCUGCUGCUCAGUCUGAGAAUUCGGGCACAUUCAAUACUACAGUAGACAUCAAACUCAAACAGUGGACUGACAAGCAACUACCUCACAAAGCAGUAGAGGUUGCUUGGGAAACAUUGGAGGAUGAGUUUGCUCGUUUUAUGUCGGAACACAAGGGGAAGGACCAUGAUGAUAUCUUUGAUAAACUAAAACAAGCUGUUAAAGAUGAAAGUAUAAAACGACACAAAUGGAAUGAGCAGGCUGAAGACAGUCUGCGAGUCAUCCAGCACAAUGCUUUAGAGGAUCGUUCUAUAUCUGACAAACAGCAAUGGGAUGCAGCAAUCCAUUUCCUGGAAGAAACAUUGCAAGCCCGUCUUCGAGACACUGAGUCUAUUAUUCGUGAUAUGGUGGGACCAAAUUGGCAAGAAAGGUGGUUUUACUGGAAAUCACAAUCUAAGGAACAGCACAUCAGAAGUGAAACCAAAAGUGAAUUGGAGCGGCUAUUAAAGAUUAACGAAGAUCACACAGCUUAUCUUGCCAAUGAUGAAGUCACGACAGUUCGUAAAAAUCUGGAAGCCAAAAGUGUAGAUGUGGACACCAUUCUGAUCAAAGAUACUUGGCAUCAAGUUUACCGAAAACACUUCUUGAAGAAGUCAUUGCAUCAUUGUAAUCUUUGUAGAAGAGGUUUCCACUAUUACCAAAGGCAUUUUGUUGACUCUGAGCUGGAUUGCAAUAAUGUUAUCCUGUUCUGGCGUAUUCAACGAAUGCUAGCUAUUACAGCCAACACACUCCGCCAACAGCUAACAAAUACUGAAGUGAGACGUCUUGAAAAGAAUGUAAAGGAAGUAUUGGAGGACUUUGCUGAAGAUGAUGCUAAAAAAGUUCAGCUGCUAACAGGAAGGAGAGUUCAACUAGCAGAAGAUCUCAAACGAGUUCGUGAGAUUCAAGAAAAGUUAGAAACAUUCAUUGAAGCUCUACAUCAAGAAAAAUAACAAUGUCUUUGUAUGUAUGUGUCUCAUCAACUAAACAUGGAUUUAGCUUAAAUUUAUCAAAUGUUAUUUACAGAAACAUUUUAAGAGCACCCCUGAUAUCUAAAGAAAUACCCCAGUGGCUAAACCAUACUGUCAAAAGAAGGCCCUACCUGGAUCCCUACAGGAGGAAUGAGCACCACAAUGAGGCUUCUGUCAUGGCAAAUUAUUAACCAUACUUUUUUCUCCUAAGCACUACCUGCUGAUCAUUUUUAGAAGUGCACAGGUGUGUUCACUGGAUGAGCAUCAGCUUGUUGGCCUGACCCUUCCACCUCCCCAGAAUUCUUCGUGCAUGACUCUACUGCAUAAUUCCAUCCAACACUCUCGGGAAAGGGCAGGCAUACUUAGAAGAAAAAUGGUUGAGGAAACUUUGAUUUAAAUGAUUCACAAAUGUAUUAAUUUCUUUGUGAUUUGGGUAAGAAUUCUGUAAUGCAAAUAUUUUCUAAAUACCAUCUUGUAUAAUGCAUGCUCCAAAUCAACACAGAAUUCUAGCUUCAGCUGCAUUUGUGGCUAAGUUGAGAAUCCCGGAGCAGCUGCUUCUGAUGGUCACUUUCGGUUUUCCUUUAAGAAUGAUUAGUAAUGGUACAUAAGUCUCACAUCUCGCCUGUUACGAGACAUGAUAGCUUUAAAAUGCAGCCAAGACGUGUUGUGAUUUGUAACAUUUUGGAAUUGUGUCAAGAGCUUUUACACGAAUGCCAUGACAACAUGACUCCAACUGUACCAAUUGUACAUGCACAGAUGAAUCAUGGCAACUAUCUUUAAUGGCAGCACCUUAUCUCCUGUAUAGGGAACACAAUGUUUAAUGUUAGCAUCAGUGAGCUAAGGGUUUGAUACAAUUUUAAUUACAGCUAUGAUUAAGGUAAACACAUUUCUCCUUCCUCCUAUCUCCCCUUGUUGUUUCGAUCAGCUGUCUCUUCUCCUUUCAUGAAAUGUUGUAUUGACUUUUUGUUGUUGCAUGGAUGCCAUACACCUUUUAGCGCUUUGAUCAUUCUUCUUGUGUGAACCUAAACUGGCAGGCUUUAAUUGCAGGGGAACAAUGGAGUUGGAUUUAUACUUCCUUGGUGUCUACACUUUCAGUAGUGAUCAAAAGUAUAAACCUAGCUAAUUUUUUCCCUCCCAUGAACCAAAUUUCUGAACGCAGUUAUGAUAACCAACAGUGGUGAUAAGGUUUAGAUGAGGUAAUUUAGAAUGGACUGGGAUCCAAAAUGGAUCUUGCCCACAGCCUUAAACAGCAGAGCCACUGAGGAAACUAAAUCUGUUUUUAAAUGUGUUCGUGAAAAUGCAACUAACUGUUAUUUCCUCAUAAUAAACUGUAUUUCUGACAAGUCUCUGAUUAUUGUCAGCACACUUCAUCUAUAUUCAUAUCACAGAUACAGCUUGUUAGCAUAACCAUAAAUGCAUAGUAUUCCAGAGUACAGGUGUACAUUGUAAAGGAGUUAUGAUUUGUAAAUUGGAAGUUAAGAAUAUGAUAUGGUAAAAGAAAUCUUCCACAGUGUUGUAAUUUCAAAAUAGAAGCUCACAUUGAAUAUUAUCAUCAGAUUAGUUGUUUUUAUUGACCAUGUUUUUGACUACUUUGAUCUGGAAAAUAUAUCUUUUGUUGCCUUGCAGUUAAAUAUUCUGUUAUAUCUGUUUGUGAAUAAUAUGAUUAUUAAUUUCCUAUUGCUUUUUCAUAAAGAAUAAAUGUAAAAUUAUUUCAGAAAAAGUUUGUUUUAAAGCCAGUCUCUAUUUACGAAUAAAUGUUCUGUUAUUAGUUUCAAAAUCUUGAACUUUUUCUGCACUUAUGGAACCAUUUUAAGGAAUUUGUUUUCUCAAUUAAAACUUGAAUUGAUGUAAUUUAAUUUUUUUCCUUCAUAUG